UAAGGCAUAAACGGUGAUGAUGGAUAGUGAAAAAUUUUGAGAGAGACGGAGAGAGAGAGUUUUUUUUUUUUUUUUUUGGUUACAUGAAGCCACACCCUUGGGUGGCUGUGGAAUCUCCUCCUUUGACGUUAAAGCAGGUGUGAUAGGGGUGUGAUCGCAGACUGCAGAGUGACAGGUGUUGGGAUCUGAACUAUAGUGGGAGCUUACUCUGUCUGUUCAGCGAGUGCCAGAGCUUUCUGUGGAGGUGAAGUUACAAAAUGAGUUGGUUUUCAUCCCAGACUCGCAAGAGCACCAGCUCCAGCCAGGUGAUCGAUGACACCACAAGGAAGUCAGGCCUUCUGAAAGACAACAGCUGGAUCAAAAAACCUGAUGAUGAGGAUGAAGCUGUCGACCAAGACCCAAACUUUGGCAGAUCUGUUCUGAGCCGGUACAAGUCCAAUGAAACUCUUGUGAGUCCAGAGGGUGAGGAAACAAAAACCACCAAAACCACAAGCUCAUCUGUGCAAGCUCUCACCAAGAGAUUUGGUGGAAGUCAGGAUGAGCUGAAGACCAGCACCCUCCCCUCCACAUCCUCCUACACCAGAAGCACAACCACAUCCAAGACUACUGUUACAGAGGAGCCAAAGACAAGCACCACAACCACUACAAUCAUCAAGGACGGCAACAAAACCACUGAGACCACCAUCACCACCAGCCAGAGUGUUAGAUCUCCUGUGACUAAAACUCCCACCAAGACUGAAACAUUCACUGAGCGGGUCAAGUCUUCAAGCAGAGAGCCACAAUACUCAGCCUACUCCCCCACCAGAACGACCAAAGUGACUGAGAAAACUGUCACCAGCAAGGAUGCGGAAGACAAACUUUACGACACACUCAUCCCCUCGCCCAUCAAGGAUGAUCUCUCACCUACGGACAGCAAAACAACUGUCUCCACAACUGAGACUGUGAUAGUGAAAAGCAGCACUGACAUUGAUGCUGAGGACAAACUCUAUGAUACACUCAUUCCCAAGUCCAUCAAAGAUGAUGUCACAGAAAGCAGGACUGUCACUAGCACUGAGACUGUGACAGUGAGAAGCAGCACUAAUGGAGAUGAUUUUACAACUAAAACCACAAAAGGAACUUCCUCUAAGGCCGAGGAUGACUUGUACGACACCCUCCUGCCAAAAGCCAUUACAUCUAAUUUGUCUUCUCCUGCCAGCAGUUCAAGCGUCACAAAGAUAGAGACUGUCACAGUGGAGAGCAGCAGGGGAGGAGAAAGUCCAACUCUGUCAUCACCAUCUUCCACUCGCAGAAUCUCCAGUUACAGUUCAUACACUGAGGAUAUUCCCUCCACCCGCACCACUUCUUACACCAUCAGUACCAAGCCCAGUGACGACUACAGCAGUGACCGUAAAACCUACUCUUACUCCAGACCAGACUCCAGCUAUGAGUACAGCAGCAUCUCCAGUCCCACUGUCUACACCUCAUCAUCAUACAGGAGCAGCAGCAAGACUCCAGCUGACAACUGUAACUCUCACAGCAGGUCAGAUGACACUCUGGGAGAUCCAGUCUACUCUAGAUCCUCCACAAAGAGUCUGUAUACAUCUUCUGAGAGGACAGUGCUUGAAAAGGACCUGUGCACCUACUGCCGUAAGCCCUUCACUGCUGAUGCCAAGAUGGUCCUGGAUGACUUGAAGAUCAACUGCCACGCUUCCUGCUUCAAAUGUGAGGUGUGUAACAACACUCUGGGUCAUCUGAGAGCCGGGGACACCAUGUGGGUUCACAGACGCAUGGUGUACUGUGAGAACUGCUUUGAGAGCACCAGAGAAAAAUGGCGACGCUGAGUUUCUCCCAAGCCCUCAGUGGAGAUCUAGCACAUGUGAUUGAAGAUGUAAUGAAUUACUGUUUAUCAGCUUUAUUUUGGGUGAGACUGGUUCACCUGUGCUUUAGUUUUCACAGGCUGACAGAUCUUAAUCUGGGUGUUUUGGCAAAUGACAGUUACUAUUAUGGAUAUAACUUUUUAAUAACAUGCACACACUAUUGCAGCUAGUUGUAACUGUGUUGUUGACACUGUAAUAUUUCUAUCUCUGUAUCUACUCUUCCGUAAGUUUAAGAUAGUAUUUCUGAUAUUCUCUUACAUCUGCUGCCUUUAGGGUGACUCAUAUGUGUAAACACGAUAAGAGAUAUUGCGAUAUUUAGGGCCGGGGGCUUUUUCUGUGUGCAAUAAAGGCAAUCAAUGCAUCUUUAAGCAAAAAAAUAAUAAAAUGUGUCACUGUC